UUGUAGUAAUCCAGUGUAGCAUAUUCGAUCUUCAUCCGCUUUCACUUCUCUCACCGUUCUUCAAGAUGUUCGAAUAUUCCUUGGCUCUCACCACUUCCCUCUUUCUCCUUGCUUUGAUUUGGCUCUUAAAGAGAUUCAAAAGACCAGCCAAAGUUCAGAAAUUGCCCCCGGGUCCCUGGAAAUUACCACUUAUUGGGAACUUGCACAACUUGGUCGGAUUCCUACCACACCAUGCUCUCCGAGAUUUGGCUAGAAAACAUGGACCGCUCAUGCACCUGCAACUGGGGGAAGUAUCUGCAGUUGUGGCGACAUCCCCCAGGUUAGCCAGAGAGUUCCUGAGGACCCAUGAACUCGCCUUUGGCAAGAAGCAAGAAAUUUUUGCAGCUAAGAUUUUGACCUACGAUGGCUCAGACAUUGCCUUUUCUCCAUUUGGUGAUUAUUGGAAGCAAAUGCGAAAAGUUUGCGUAACGGAACUCCUGAGUGCCAAGAGGGUCCAAUCCUUUUCUUCUCUUCGAGAAGAUGAGGUUUGUAAUCUUGUCGAGUCCAUCCGCUUAUCUUCAGGAUCACCGAUCAAUUUGACAGAAAAGAUCUAUUCUUUAACGAGUACCAUCGUGUGCAAGGCAGCUUUUGGCAGCAAAUGCAAAGAUCCUGAUGUAUUUUUAUCGUUGGCCAGGGAAGCAAUAUCUGCAGCAGGAGGCUUUGACUUGGCCGAUUUGUUUCCUUCACAGAAAUUUCUUCGUGUGAUUACUGGAAUGAAAACUAAAGUGGAGGGGAUGCAUCGGAAGAUUGACAAGAUCCUGGAGAACAUCAUCCAGGAGCAUAAGGAGAACCAGAUGAGUGCAGCAAUUAGCGAGGUUGAACGGGGUCAGGAAGAUCUUGUUGACGUUCUUUUGCGCCUUCAGCAAAGUAGCGGCCUUGAGGUCCCCAUCACAACCAAGAACAUCAAGGCUGUCAUCUGGGACAUGUUUGCUGCCGGAACUGAUACUUCAUCAAGCACGGUUGUUUGGGCUAUGUUAGAAAUGAUGAGGAAUCCUACAAUUCUGAAGAAGGCACAAGCUGAGAUAAGACAAGCCUUCAGAGGGAAGAAAAAGGUCCAUGAGAAAGACGUUGGGAAUCUAAGUUACUUAAAGUUAGUGAUCCAAGAAACUCUGAGGUUACAUCCUCCUGCUCCCAUGUUAGUCCCAAGAGAAUGCACAGAGCCAUGCAAAAUUGAUGGAUAUGAAAUACCCGUUAAAACUAAAGUCAUCAUAAAUGCAUGGGCAAUUGCAAGAGAUCCUGCAUAUUGGAAUCAUGCUGAGAGUUUCAUGCCGGAGAGGUUUGCUGGUAGUUCAACUGAUUUCAAAGGGACUAGCUUUGAAUAUAUCCCUUUCGGCGCAGGGAGGAGGAUGUGCCCGGGAAUGUUAUUAGGUCUUGCCAAUGUUGAUCUUCCUCUCGCUCAACUGCUGUAUCAUUUCGACUGGGAACUCCCAGGCCGGACAAAACCAGAGAAUCUAGACAUGAGUGAAACCGUUGGUGCUGUUGCCGCAAGGAAAAAGCCCCUGUAUUUGAUUGCAACUACAAAUACACCUUCACUUCAUGACGAAUCCCCCGCCGCGGUUGACUUCCAGAUUUAAUACAUGACGAUCUGAAAAUGAAGGAGAUAUUAUAUCAGAUAAUCCGUUUAUAUCGAUCUCCCUGGAUUUCACCCUUCACUGUGUUAAUUAAUCAUGCACUGUACUUGAAGUUAAUCAUGUCAUCAUUUAUUCCCGAUAUAUAGUAUUUUCUUGAAGAAUCUUAGCGUUGAUUGGACAAUUCAUGAUCUUUCAUGUAAACAAGGAUUGUAAAAGUGAAUCAUGUAUCUGCAUACCUGCCUGGGUAAGGUUUUAAUCUUACAUAUAUCUUUUGAGAUUCAUGGA